CUUUCCCGCCGGACGUAUGCGCUCUGCUCUUUGCAUGAGUACCGCGUGCUUUUCUCUGACAGAAAAAAAGUCUGCGUAGAGAAGCGUUUAUAUUGAGGUUUUCGGGGGUUUUUUUAUGAAAAAAAUAAACAAAACGAUUCAACUGGUUUGUAAGAAGAAUCUCACCAUGACCAUAGUGGUUCUGCGUUUACAAGGGUUAAACACAGAGGCAGGAUCUGAAGAUAUCCGCAGAUUUUUCCAUGGCUUGCACAUACCCGAAGGCGGUGUUCAUAUCAUCGGAGGCGAGAUGGGUGAAGCAUUCAUUAUGUUCAAAACAGAGAGAGAAGGCCAAUUAGCCAUGCGCUACUCUGGGAAAACACUCAAGGGCUCCUCUGUUUCAUUACAUAUCAGCAGUGUGGCUGAGCUGAAGAGAAAAAUGGAGUCCAGAUUAAAAAAGCCAAAGUCUACAGAAUUGGAGACAAAAGUGGUGCCAUCGUCUCCCACUGACACCAAUGCUGCUCUUUUGCUUAGUCUAAUGGGUGCCAUUUAUGGACUGCAUUCAAACAACAAAGAUAAUCAGCAAGGUCAAGCUUCGCAAACACCUGGAAAUUUCAACCAGAGUUCUCCAGAAAUGCAUACAUGGCCGUUAACUGGAAACCAAACGAAUACAGAUGCUCAGCACAGUCUCAUUCAUGAAUUGGCAUCUACUGAGCAGCAGACAGGCAGAGGAGAAAAUCUCAACUCAUGUAAGCCAGGCUACCUCCGCCUUUAUGGCUUUCCUGACUGUGUAGCCAAACAGGAGAUUUUUCAGUUCUUACGGGGACUCCCAGUGUUGGAGGUCAUUACAAAAGUUAGACUGCAACUGGGCUGGUGCUGUCUGGUGAAGCUGGCCAGUUUUUCAGAUGCCGAGGAAGGGCUAAAAUACAGUCACAGAAAAUUCAAAGAAUUCAACGUUGAAGUCAGACUUGCCCAUGAAAAGAUGUGGACGGAUGCCGUGGAGGAGUCUAAAAAUUGCACACAAAACCUUAAACCACACUCCUUCUUGGAGCAAAAUGAGGCCAACAACAAUCGAAAUGCAGUGAGAGCGUUCGCUACUAAAAGAAUUGCAGAAGAGCAGCCAUCACCAGGAUCUCCUAAAAAAUACUGCAGAACCGUCGCAUCCCCUCAAAAUGAGUAUAGUGUUAUUGUCAAUAAUCUCUCGAAGAACAUAACCAAGACGCAAAUCAAGAAUAUAUUUGGCUGUUAUGCAAUCCAAAACUAUCGAAUUAAACAUUUAUUAAACAAGUGGGGAGAGAGGACGAGCACCGCGUUCAUUACCUUUGACAAUUCAGAAGACCAAGCCUCAGCUAUGAAGAUGAACGGCAUGAACGUUGGCUUGAAGAACAUUGAAGUGUUGUCCAUUACUAAAGAAGAAAUACUCGAUAUACUUAGCAAAAACAGAUUUACGAAAGCAUGGAGGCCACCGCCUUACGGAAACGCACAUUUAUCUAUGUCAUGCGUAUAUGCACGCAAUUUUCCAGCGGAUAUCAGGAAAGAGGAGGUGAAAGGCUUUUUCAUGCGCUAUAACAUCUGUGAUGAUGCAGUCAGAUUGCUUGUGGACAACCAAGGCAAUGGUAUUGGAGAAGCCAUCGUGGAGUUCAGUGGUGAGAACAUCGCCAAACAGGCCCAGAAACUUCAUGGGAAGUAUUUUAUGGGGGCAAAAAUUCUACUCACUUGCAUCACACACCAACAGAUGAUGAAGAUACUUGGUACAAGGUGAACAUCUGGAGACACCAGGAUGGUGUAAAAUUAAUGUAAAUGAGGACAACUAUUUAAUUGAGGAUUAAGCUAUUUCAUACCCAUUUUUUUUUCAUAAGGUGUGCUUAUUAAACAAUAUGGGUUCACCAACUGAAGAUGCCCAAUCAAGAUUGUGAAUACUAUACAGAAAGAGAGAACAAAAAACAAACAAAAGAACAAACAAACAAAAGUUGAAAGACUUCUUCAUGCCAUGAUUGCCAAAAUAUAGAGGACUACAAUGGUGUACAAAUGAUGGCCAUGCACUGUAAUUUCAAAUAUAACUUUUCAGCUGAUAGGUCACGAUGUCUUGUUGCUUUGUUCUUACAUUUUUGCUGCUAAACACGCAUAUAACUCUAUAAAACAAAUCUCAGUUUGUUUAAAAUGCUCAAAUUUGUUCUGAAUGUAAGAUAGUAUUUUGAUUUGGCAUGUCAAUGCAUUUCUUUUUGAAAACAAGCACUCUUUAAAGUUUCUGUAUGAUCUUAUUUUCAUGUAACUUUGAUAUAAUAUUGCAAUAAACUUACAGAUUUGUCUCAA